GCGCUGAUAGAGCUCGUGUCCAGCAGUGAUCGCAGAUUAGGAGCGCGCUCUCCACUCCAGCAGCUCGUCUCGCGCUGCUCAGGUCCCCUCUAGGUUUUUGAAUCUCCCACGCCAGUUCGUGUCACAUCCGGUUCAGCACCACUGCUUGGCCCCGCUUCUCAAAUUUCCUGCCCACACCUACUCUCUCGUAUUAACCAGCCAAGUUUGUCUAGUGAUGAAGUAAUAUUUUCGCCGCUCUCCUGCUCAUCCCUACAUUCGCGGUCGGAACGCCGGUUCAGCAGGACAGAGGACGAGGAGGCGUCGAGAAGCUGAGAUGAGAUAAAUAUGCAAAGAGGCGGCUCCGCAAACCAUUCCAGUCUCAUUUUUUCCAUUAUUUUGGCGCUGAAUUAAAAUAUAUACGUACAUUCAAGAGGAGCAUCUGAUAGAGAGCCGGACAGCAGCACAGAAAACAGCUCUGCAUGUGAUAUCCUCGGAUCAGGUGGCAUCGGCGGCAGAAGAUGCAGCCUGCAAGCAAGCUCCUGAGUCUCACCCUCCUUGUACUGAUGGGCACUGAACUCACCCAAGUGCUGCCUGCUAACCCAGAGGAGUCGUGGCAGGUGUACAGCUCGGCUCAAGACAGUGAGGGCAGGUGUGUGUGCACUGUUGUGGCUCCUCAGCAGACCAUGUGUUCACGGGAUGCCAGGACCAAACAACUGAGACAGCUCCUGGAAAAAGUCCAGAAUAUGACGCAGUCUAUCCAGAAUCUUGACCAGAGGACUCAGAAAGACCUGCAGUAUGUGCAAAGAAUGGAGGUGCAGUUGAGAGGCCUGGAAUCCAAGUUCAAACAGGUGGAGGAAAGCCACAAGCAGAAUAUCGCCAAGCAAUACAAGGCCAUAAAAGCGAAAAUGGAGGAACUUAGGCCAAUGAUACCAGUGUUGGAGGAAUACAAGGCCGAUGCAAAAUUGGUAAUGCAGUUUAAAGAGGAGGUCAAGAAUCUGACAUCAGUGCUAAGUGAACUUCAGGAGGAGAUCGGGGCCUUUGACUACGAGGAGCUUCACAACAGGGUGUCUAAUCUUGAGGAGAGGCUUCGUGCAUGCAUGCAAAAAUUAGCUUGUGGGAAGCUGACAGGCAUAAGUGAUGCUAUAACCAUAAAGACAUCUGGAUCAAGAUAUGGAUCCUGGAUGACUGAUCCGCUUGCCCCUGAUGGUGAUACGAGGGUGUGGUACAUGGACGGUUACCACAACAACCGCUUUGUCCGGGAAUACAAGUCAAUGGUCGACUUCAUGUAUUCGGACAACUUCACCUCACACCGGCUUCCUCACCCCUGGUCGGGCACAGGGCAGGUGGUCUACAACGGCUCCAUCUACUUCAAUAAGUUCCAAAGCAACACCAUCAUCAAAUUCGACUUCAAGACAGCCACCAUCAGCAAAUCCGGUCAGCUGGAUAACGCCGGCUACAACAACCGUUACCACUAUUCCUGGGGUGGUCACUCCGACAUUGACCUAAUGGUGGACGAAGGUGGGCUUUGGGCCGUCUAUGCCACCAAUCAAAACGCAGGGAACAUUGUUAUCAGCAAGAUCAACCCACUGACCCUGCAGGUCAUCAAAAGCUACACCACCAACCACCCAAAGAGGAGCGCAGGUGAGGCCUUCAUGAUCUGUGGGACGCUUUAUGUCACCAACGGAUACUCAGGAGGGACAAAGGUCUACUAUGCUUUCCAUACCAACUCCUCUACUUAUGAGUAUAUCGACAUCCCCUUACAGAACAAGUAUUCCCAUAUCUCCAUGCUGGAUUAUAACCCUAGGGACAGAGCUCUUUAUGCAUGGAACAAUGGACACCAGGUGCUGUAUAACGUCACCUUGUUCCACGUCAUUCGCUCUGAAGAACUCUAAAGUGACAUUAUCCAUCCCUUUGAGAUAUACAGUAGCACUGAUGGAGUUUAUAACUGAAAAAAAAGAGUAAUGCCUCAUGAUUGUUCAAUAAAAGAAGACAUAAAAAUGUAUCAAAAGUAAUAGUUAAUGGCAACAUAAUGAACAGCUGCCAAAAGGUCUUUGUUCUUUUGUAAGCUCUCCUUAGAUAAUUUUGUUUCAAUUUUCACUGCAAAAAAUGUAUUAAUUAGUAUUUUUGUCUUAUCGACCAGUAAAAAUAUUGAAACAUUCUUAAAGGGGACAUUAGACGCAAAAAUCACUUUUACAUGGUGUUUGCAUAUAAAUGUGUCUUAGCAGUAUAAAAAUGCAUCCAUUCAUUCCUUUUUUUAAUCCCAGAAAAACCUAAACAGUUAAUUAUUUUGUUGUUGACGGUAACGUGCCACAGAAUACGCAAAAAACAGAAGAGAGGGGUGGGGUGAGCAGUAGCUCAUUAUCAUUUAAAGAGACAUGCACCGAAAUGGGUCGCUGUGAGCAGAGCUGUUUUUUGACAAGGUAAAGCAUGUUGUUUUACAUGACCUUUGAGGAUUUUUAACCAAAGUAUAUUACAGACAUUUCAUGAAGACCCUAAGAGUCAUACCAACUUGUGGAAAAUGGGCAUCUGAUGUCCCCUUUAAAACAAGAUCAAUUUACUUGAUAAGCAAAAUUGUGUAAAAUAAUGUUCUUUAGAAAAAACCUGUUCUUAAAAAUCUUCUGUUCUUCUAAAAUUCUUACAUUUGUUCUUAAAACACUAUACAUAUAGUGUGUGUAUUUUUUCAACAUUUAUGUCAUAUGUUGAAAAAAAUACAUAAUAUCUUUGAACAUUAGAAAUACUGUAUUCUAUCUGAAAACAAACCCAAUUUUGCUUCAAGUAAAUUAUGUUGUUUUUUAGGUAUAUUUAGAUAUUUUAACUGCAAAACAAAAACACUGAUUAAUUAAAAUAUUUUUUACUGUGUUCUUAGUACUUGUACAGCUAUUACGGACAUGAUAUAGUUUCAUAGCAGAGGGCAAAGAAGUGUGACGCAAGAAAGAUGUCAUUUAGUUACCCAGUUAUGUCCUUUGUAUCGAGAGCAAUCAAAAUUAUUUAACAUCAACUAAAGAACCGAAGGCACUGACUGUUGGAGGCACUCUGUUAAAGAACUGCAGCGUAUUGUUGUGACUGUAUGUAGUUUCUGAUUUUCGCAAAGAUUUGCAUGAACAUUUUUAGCACUACGGUUCACAUGAUUGUAUUUAUUUUUUCUCGCAGUAAUAUGAACCUUGUAUGUGGAAAAAGAGAUUAGAUUAGUGAUGGGUUUGCUGUUCUUCUUGCCAUGUUUCAUUUUUGCUGUAUCUUUUGUGUUCUUUUUUUAAAUUUGUGUUCAUAAAGUGACUCUUAAAUAGUAGGAUGGAUUGUAAGAAAAAGACGUCAAGAGUAUAUAUAUAUAUAUAUAGAUAUAACUUGUCAGCAAAAAAAGGUAUCAAAAGACAAUGUGAAAAAAUGUAUUUACAAGGUAUUAUUCUUUGACUGUAUUUCAAGACAGAUCCAUGUGUCAGCUGUUAGAAGAAAUAGAUGGAAUCAUCUAAAACUGUUACGCUUGCAUCCGUGUUGUACUUGCAAUGUGAUUCAUAUCAAUAAAGCCAGUCUUUAUUUUA